GACGGAUAGGAUUCUGCUCAGAGUCAAAUGACGUUCGCGGCCGGGAAAUAUAACUUAGAGCGGACUAUCUCCGGAAUACCUUGCCAAGACCCGGACCGGGUCCCCGGCGAGCUGCUGCCGUCCUCGGAGGCCGAUUUUCCCUCCAAUCUCCCCGCGCGGAACCCCGCGACUACCCCAAUUAGGGGUGGAUAUGGCGACUCCACAGCCACCGAUCCACGCUUCAGGAUAACAACAUCCAAUCACCAGGCACGAAUUCAACUCUGGCUCCGACUCCGCAGGCGGCCAGGCCCUGGUGUCGAAAUAAAAUGACCGCCUUGCGAGCUGGCAGUCCCGGGAUCAACUGAACUUUUUGCGUGUUGUCCAACUUACAUCGGGUGCAAAGCCAGUGGCGGUCUGGUGCGCUGCAAGAUGGCGAAGGUCUUCAGCGCGGAGGAGGUCGCAAAGCACAACACCGCAGACAGCUGCUGGGUGGUGAUCCACGGCAAUGUCUACGACGUGACCGAAUUCCUGCCCGAGCACCCCGGCGGGUCGCGCAUCAUCCUGCAGCUCGCCGGGCGAGACGCCACGGCCGAGUUCGACCCGAUCCACCCGCCGGGCACGCUCGAGGAGAACCUCAAGCCGGAGGCGAAGCUCGGCGUUGUCGAUCCGGAGAGCCUCAAGCAGCUGCAGCGCCAAAGCGGCAAGGGGGCAGCCGAGGAAUCCAAGCCACCGCCGCCGCCGCCGCUCGACACGCUGCUCAACCUGGACGACAUCGAAGCGGCCGCCAAGACGCAGAUCUCCAAGAAGUGCUGGGCCUACUACUUCUCCGCCUCGGACGACCUGCUCAGCAAGACGCUCAACAACACGGCCUACCGCUCCAUCCUGCUGCGCCCGCGCGUCUUCGUCGACGUCACGCGCGCCGACACGCGCACGAGCCUGCUCUCGGGCGCCCUGCAGCUGGCGACGCCGCUGUACGUCUCGCCGGCGGCGAUGGCGCGGCUCGCGCACCCGGACGGCGAGGCGGGCAUCGCGCGGGGCGUGGCGCGCUUCGGCGCGCUGCAGAUCGUCUCGCACAACGCGAGCAUGACGCCCGAGCAGAUCGUCGCCGACGCCGCCCCCGGCCAGGUCUUCGGCUGGCAGCUGUACGUGCAGACGAACCGGGCCAAGAGCGAGGCCAUGCUCGCCCGCAUCAACCGGCUGCGCGACCGGUACAAGUUCGUCGUGCUGACGCUGGACGCGCCCGUGCCGAGCAAGCGGGAGCACGACGAGCGCGCGGGGAUCGAGGCCAGGAUGGUGCUCGAGGGGAGCAAACCGCCCGGGGAUCUGGCGGGGGCAGGAAAGAGUAAUAACGCUCGACCAGACGCGGACAGCGGCGUCGGGAAGCAGCUGUUCUUCGGCACGGCGGCGGACCUGACGUGGGAGACGACGCUGCCGUGGCUGGCGGCGCACACGGACCUGCCGAUCGUGCUCAAGGGCAUCCAGACGCACGAGGACGCCUACCUGGCGGCGCGGUGGGCGCGCGCCCACCCGGGCUCGAUCCGCGCGCUGAUCCUGUCGAACCACGGCGGCCGCUCGCUCGACACGGCGCCGCCCGCCGUCCACACGCUGCUCGAGAUCCGCAAGUACUGCCCGGAGGUGUUCGACGCCGUCGAGCUGUGGGUCGACGGCGGCAUCCGCCGCGGCACCGACGUCGUCAAGGCGCUCUGCCUCGGCGCCAAGGCCGUCGGCGUCGGCCGCGCCGCCCUGUGGGGGCUCGGCGCCGGCGGCUGGAGAGGGGUCGACCGGACGUUCGAGAGUGAGUCCCAUCCCAUCCCAACCGCGCGAGCGCGCGCGCGCGUGUGUGCACGCAUCCCUUCUGGUUGGAUGAGACCUGGCUAACCGACUUGCGCGUUUCG